CCCGGCGCGGACCGCGGGGACCGCGGGGACCGCGGGGACGGCAGCCCCGGUUGCCCACAGCGCGCAGCCCGCAGUCGGCCGCCGCCGGGGCUCGGGCCGCCCAGGCUGGGGAUGGCGGCGGCGGCCGAGCCCGGGGCCCGAGGAUGGCUUGGCGGCGGCUCCCCGCGCCCUGGCAGCCCGACCUCCAGCCCUGAGCUGGGCGCCGGAAGCCGCUCGCGAUCGGGGCCAGGGUCCGGGCCGGGGUCGGGGCCGGAGCGGUCGGGCGCCAGGCCCCCAGUGCCCGCCGCGCCGAGUCACAGCUUCAGGAAGGUGACGCUUACCAAGCCCACCUUCUGCCACCUCUGCUCCGAUUUCAUCUGGGGGCUGGCCGGCAUCCUGUGUGACGUUUGCAACUUCAUGUCCCAUGAGAAGUGCCUGAAACACGUGAAGACCCCCUGCACGAGUGUGGCUCCCAGCCUGAUCCGCGUCCCGGUGGCCCACUGCUUCGGCCCCCGGGGGCUCUGGAAGCGCAGGUUCUGCUCCGUGUGCCGGAAGGGCCUGGAGGCGCCGGGCCUCCGCUGCGAAGUGUGUGAGCUGCACGUUCACCCCGACUGUGUGCCCUUCGCCUGCAGCGACUGCCGCCAGUGCCACCAGGACGGGCACCGCGACCACGACGCGCACCUCCACCACUGGCGGGAGGGGAUCUUGCCGUCCGGCGCGCGUUGCGAGCUCUGCCGGAAGACUUGCGGCUCCUCGGACGUGCCGGCCGGCGUGCGCUGCGAGUGGUGCGGCGUCCAGGCCCACUCGGUCUGCUCCGCGGCGCUCGCCCCCGAGUGCACUUUCGGGCGCCUGCGCACCCUCGUCCUGCCCCCCGCGUGCGUGCGCCUUCUGUCCCGAAACUUCAGAAAGAUGCACUGCUUCCGGAUCCCCGAGAGCGCGGCGCCAGAGCCCGGGGAUGGGGAGGACAGCGCCGACGGCAGCGUCUCCGCCGGCCCGGGCCGAGAGGUGGGGGCGCCUGAGUCCGGCAAGCAGACUCUGAAGAUCUUUGACGGCAGCGACGCGAUGCAGCGAAACCACUUUCGUGUAGUCACGGUCCCGCGCCUGGCCCGGAGCCAGGAGGUGCUGGAGGCGGCUCUGCGGGCUUACUACAUCCCCGAGGACCCUCAGGGCUUCCAGCUGCAGGCGGUCCCCACACCUGCGCAGCCUGGCGACACCGCGGCUGCAGGAAAGGUCUGGAGCGCAGGGCCCUCUGAGGAGGAGGGCUGCAGAGCGGCUCCCGAGGCCUGGGUACUCCGCGCUCUGCCCCGCACCCAGGAGAUCCUGAAGAUCUACCCGGCCUGGCUCAAGGUGGGUGUGGCCUACGUGUCCAUCCGUGUGACCCCACAGAGCACUGCCCGCAGCGUGGUGCUGGAGGUCCUCCCACUGCUCGGAUGCCAGGCCGAGGGGGUCGAGGGCUUCCAGCUGGUAGAGGUGCACAUGGGCAGCAGACAAGUCCAGCGUACGGUGCUGGCGAACGAGGAGCCCAUGCUGGACCGGCUUCGUGAGAUCCGGCAGACGUCCCUGCGGCAGAUGAGCCAGACGCGGUUCUACGUGGCUGAAAACAGCGUGCUGGCCCCGCGCGUCUCUCUGUUUGUGGGCGGUCUGCCCCCAGGCCUGUCCCCCCGGGAGUACCGCAGUCUGCUGGAUGAGGCCGUCGCCAGCAAAGCUGCCUUGGUGACGGUGAGCCACGUGUAUUCCGCCCAAGGUGCUGUGGUGCUGGACGUGGCCUGCUUCGCGGAGGCUGAGCGGCUGUACAUGCUGGUCAGGGACACAGCUGUGCGCGGCCGGCCACUGACGGCCCUGGUGCUCCCAGAGGUGCUGCACACGAAGCUGGCCCCAGACUGCCGCCCCCUGCUCGUGUUUGUGAACCCCAGGAGUGGAGGACUCAAGGGCCGUGACCUGCUCUGCAGUUUCCGGAAGCUGCUCAACCCCCACCAGGUCUUCGAGCUGACCAAUGGGGGGCCGCUGCCCGGGCUCCACGUGUUCUCCCAAGUGCCCCGCUUCCGGGUGCUGGUGUCAACCAACAGCUGGGGGCCUUGUGCUGGACCGUGUUUCCCCAGAGAUGAGCCCACAGUGUGGGCACCUUCCAAGGGCCGUCAGCGAGACGCAGGACCCACAUGGCAAUGGGCCCCUGGGCUUCCCGGCGGCCACUGUGGCUCCCCUGCCCCUGCUGUCCCGAGAGGGCACCUGGUGUGCGAGGCGGCUGGGGGUGAGGUGCCGCGCGGCCCCUAUGCACCAUGCGGGGGGCUGGUGCCACUGCUGGGAGCUGUGUGCUCACAAGUGUGCGUGCGUGUGCACUAG